ACACCCUACCGUUGGGAGCUGCCACCUAGAGCCAGGACAGCCACCACGCGCGUAUGACGAUGGUGCGGGGGAAUUUGGGAAACCACAGCGAUAAAUGCCGGGCGGCAGGCAAAAUCGUGAAUCGGAUCAUGGAGGCGGUGGAGCUUUAAAUCUCGGCAUCGGCGCAUGCAACGCCGAUAAACAAACAAUAAAUACCCUCAGGAAAGGAGCGGAAGUAUUUGCAUUUCUAGGAAAGAUUUCUCCUUUAAUAAAGAUCGAACAAAGGAGCGGGAGGAGGAGGAGGAGGAGGUGAAGAUUUCGCAUCGAGACAGAGAGGAAGGAAGAAGGGAAGGUAGUAAAAAUGGGGAGAUCUUCCACGAUCUCGUGCUUCAAUUUUAUGACCUGCAGCGGCGAUUCGGCGAGCGGAGGGAAUCCCGCAUCGGUGGAGAGCAAAGCAUCAUUAGAUAAGGGGAGGUGGAGUUUCCGGAAGAGAUCCGCUAGUCAUCUAAUGCAAAGCAACUCUGUGAUCUCAGAACCCUGUCUUAACACGACAAUAGCAGACACUAUGAUUGACUUUCAUUCUGAAAAGGAAUCAACUGCUCCAGAAAACCCAACCAUAAUAGAAGAGACAAAUGAAAAACCCCCAUUAUCAGUCGUAGUUGAUUCUGAAGUAGCUGAUACAGUACAUUCCUCUGUUUCAGAAAGCACCCCCAGGCUAGAACAUACAAAUGAAAUACCUCUAUCACCAGCUGUAAUUGAUCCAGAAGUUUCUGAUUCACUGCUUGCUGCUGAAGUUAGAAUUGCUAUUGAUGAUAAUUUCCAGGAAGAUGCUGUUAUUGUCGUCCAGGCUGCUAUCAGGGGAUACUUGGCUCAAAAAGAAUUAGAAAAAUGGAAGAGUGUUGUCAAGUUGCAAGCUGCUGUACGUGGUCAUCUUGUCAGGAGACAAGCUGUGGGAACUUUGCGAUGUGUACAAGCCAUCGUCAAAAUGCAAGCACUUGCACGGGCACGCCACGCACAUCAACUAAAGGAGAAGUUUGCUGCAGAAGGGAAGCUUGAUGAGAAACUCCAGGUUAAUGGGGGCAUGAAAUCAGAUAUGGAAUAUACUUCAGUUGAUAAAUUGCUUUCCAAUGCUUUCGCUCGUCUGCUUUUGGAGUCAAGGCCCAGGAUCAAAUCCAUUCAUGUUAGUUUUGAUCCUCUGAGUUCUGAUUCAGCAUGGACAUGGUUAGAGAGGUGGAUGGCUGUGAUGCCUUCAGAAAUAGGACAGCAGGAGCUUAAUUUAGAUAAAGAUUAUCAGGGGGAGAAGCAAAAGACUAACCUUGCUGCUUCUGAGAUUGUAAACGUGGUUCCGAAUUCUGUUGCCUCUAUAUCAUCAGAUUCAAAGUCAUCUCCCAGUGAAUCAGCAAACCUAGUGGAAGGUGUAGGGGAUUCAAUGCAGAAAGAUUCUGGUGAAUGUGAAAUUCAUAUCUCUGUAUCUAUGCCACAUCAAAGCAACAGUUCUGUAGCAAUAGAUGACCAAAAGCAGUCUCAGUAUGAGAAUGAGACAUCAGGCAUGAUAGAAGAGAUUAGUGAAUCAGCAGCCCCUAUUGAAGGUGAAGAAGAUUUAAUGUAUGAAAAUUCUACUGAAUAUAAAAUAAAUGUUCCUACAUCAAUUCCCAGUCACGAAAUGAGUUCUGUUGCAAAAAAUGGCCAAGAGCAGUUCCAGUUUGAGGGUGAGACUUCAGGCAUGAUAGAGGAUGAUAAUACAAAAAUUGAGAGAGUUGUGGAGACACUUGAUUCUGCUGCGAGUCAAGUACCAGUGCUAUCAGAUGCAACUUCACUGUCCUCACUGGGUAAUAAUUCUGCUGAGCCUGGCUUUGACAUGGAAAACCGGAAGUGUAUUAUUGAAAGGGCAACUUGUGAAUCACUGGAUACCGAAGAAAAAACCUUGGCUUUAAGGUCAAGAAGGGCAUCAAGUCCAGCAUUUGCUUCUGUGCAAUCAAAAUUUGAGGAGCUGGUCGCAGUUUCCAGUGUGAGUAGCUCUGUCACUUCUGUUAAUCGAGGUGCCAAAGUUCAGUCUAAACUAGUUCAUCCUCAUGUUGAUUCUUUGAUGGAGACUAAGGAGCUUAUCAUGAUGGAGAACUCAACAUCUCAAUGUCAAGUUAAGAAUUCUACUUUAGAAUGUGCUGCUCAGAUAUCUGUCUCUUCUCCAUCUGACUUGCCAGAAGGAUCUGAAGUUGAUGGCAAGGGUAAAAUACUUGGAAUUGGAGCUUUAAAUGAAGGAAACCAUAAUUUGACUGAUUGUGCUGGUAGUGCAUUAAAUAAUGAAAAUAUCAAUUCUGAAACAAAAUUUCAUCUUUCUGAGUCAGAUGUGUUACAGCUGCAAGAACUUAAGGAAAGUGAUAAAAAAUUGUUCAGUGCUGUUGAUUCACUACAGGAGCGUCAACUGCCAUCAGAGUCAACAACAUCAAGUAUUCAGAUUCAAGUUCAAAAUCUAAAAGAUACACAAGUUUGUAGUUCAUCCCCAGAGGGUUCUUCUAGAAGCCAUGCAAUUGCUUCAGAGCCACACAGUAUACCAUCAAGUCAGAUCUCAACAAAAACUAAAACAACCAAGGCCAGAAUCAACAUCCAUGCUCAGAUGCAGAGAUCUCAAUCAGCAUGUAAGAACUCACCAUCAAUUCAAAAGAAUGACUCAGGUGCAAGAAAAAGCAUGGAAUAUUUGCCAAAGGAUGCAAAGAAUGCCGAAAGACCCAACAUGUUUGGGAUGGCUAAACCUGAUCAAAUUGAUCAUGAGCCCAGGGACAACAGCAGCAUUUCUCUUCCAAGAUAUAUGCAAACUACUGAAUCUGCAAGGGCUAAGUUUCAUGAUAGUGUUUCUCCGAAAUCAAGCCCAGAUGUCCAUGACAAAGAUGACCAUAUGAAGAAGAGACACUCACUACCUAUUGCGAAUGUGAAGGACUUCCCCCCAGAUGCAGAAGUCAGCGCCACUUGCACAACAAAAUCUGAAGAGGAACAGCACCCAUUCUCCUCAGGACUGCUGAGUGGAGAUGGCAGAGAUGAUGAGGCCUUGUGAGUAAUUUAUGACAUGAUGACCCAUCACACAUAGCAGACUUGUGGCAAGGCUGUUGAUGGCUGUUUGAGAGGAGAGUCGUGAGUUUUUCCUCUUCGAGGUGCGGCUCAUGAUGAUGAUGAUGGUGUGGCUUAUGCGUGCAGCAUGUGGCAUCAUAGAGGACGAGGGAAAAGAGUCAUGAUUUGUUCAUGUACAUUAACAUCGUGGGAGAGCUUUUGCUCGUAUGUUCAAAUGUUGGCCUUGUUUUGUGUAUGUGUGAGAUAUAUAGAUGGUGUUUCAGAACACUCGAUUCUAUUACUAAUAUAUGAACCUGAGAUGCAACCUUUCAACAGACUCUGAAAGUUCUGGGUUUCAAUCGUAAGAGAUGACAGAAUCUUUCUCCAUUUGCUUUUGCCAUCACCAUGGCAGCUAUUCACUGUGCUCUUGACAUGGAGAGGCAAGUGUAGUUGAUGCAUUAUGCCAAAAGGGGUGGCCCCAACUGAAACAGAAUGUAUAUUUUGAUGCAACUUGUCAUCUCUGGAUUUUGGCCAUCCCACAAUAUGUAAAUUAUUUCCUGUUUCAGCUUAUAUAACUACAUGGACUAAUCACAUACU